GCUUGAGCACGUUCCACAACCAACAUAUCCUACACACUGUACAUAGGGCAUAGACACGCAGGAUGUGCAUCAGCGCCUGCGGGACUCGCUACGGAUACCAAGGCCGCCAAUCCCGCCAUGACAGCAGUGCCAGCAGCUGAGCAGCAGCAGCAGCAACAUCAUCAUCAUCAGCCAGCGCGUGGUGUCACUGGAGACGACACCUCCUCGAGCGCGGAGCUCGAGCGGGCUUCAGCGACGGCGGUGCACGUCCAGCAGGCGCCCAGCGACGAGAAGGACAAAAUCGCGCGCAUUCUCUCGGCAUGCCGGGAUCGCGACUUGGAAGCUCUGUGCGAAUUGGCCUGCUCGGAAAAGGGCUUGGUGGAUGACGAAGUGCGGCGUACAGCAUGGCCAAUUCUACUGGGCGUCCACAGCGGCAACAAGCAAGUCGCUGCGAAUCGGAACUGGCACGACUUGUCCCGUCAUAGAGAUGAAGACCAAGUUCGGCUGGACGUCAACAGAUCAUUUGUGUAUUAUCCUGAAAACGAGUCCGAGAAACAAAUGGAUGAACGCAAGCAGGAACUAUCCGCGGUGAUCACCGCCGUAUUGCGUCAGCAUCCUAUGCUUUGCUACUUUCAAGGCUACCACGAUAUCGUCCAGGUUUUGCUCUUAGUCCUGGGUGCCGAUGCCACGGGACCGGCUGUCGCCCGGCUUUCCCUGCUACGCAUCCGAGACUUCAUGCUUCCGACUUUAUCGGGUGCCGAAUCACACCUUCACCUUCUUCCGGCCAUACUGUAUGCGGCAGAUCCCGAUCUCUAUCGGCAUCUUUCCAAUGCCUAUCAACCAGCGCCCUUUUUUGCCCUUGCGGCCACUUUGACUUUAUAUGCGCACGACAUCGAGGGCUAUGGAGACAUUGUGCGAUUGUUUGACUACCUGCUGGCGAGUGGAGCUGUAAUGCCAGUGUAUCUGUUUGCAACGAUUGUCAUGACCAGGAAGAAAGAAUUAUUGGAGAUAGACCACGAUGAGCCCGAAAUGCUCCACUCCAUUCUGUCGAAGCUUCCCAAGCCACUGGAACUCGAGAACCUGAUCCACGGGACACGGACUCUGUUCGGGCGCUAUCCGCCAGAGCGACUGCCGAAUGGGGCCUGGCGACGAGUAAGUUCAAACUCCGUGCUCAAGACGACUCCGAAUCCCCAGGCACUCUCCAUGCAGUCGCUCCGAGAGGGCGAACAGCUUUUCGAAAAGCACGCAACCGAAAUACGCAGGUACGACGCACUCGUGAGUGCCCGGAAGCGCAUAGGAGCGCUUGCAUACCGUUACCGACGCCCGGCCAGAUGGACCGGGGCUGCAGUUCUCAUUGCCGUGCUGGCAUUGUGCAUGCGUGGGGACAGUGCAGGCAUCGUCUUUCGUUCGCUUGGCCGCGUGCACAACACAGCCUGGGGUCUUUUCAAACCUUUAGCGCCGUCAUCAGCACAGAAUCUGCUGCGCACGUAUAUACGUUGGGCCGGGCAUGUUGUGGAAUAGCGAAGCAUGACUUAGGGUUGGCAGACACCGGACUUAUUCCGUGUGCGAGGAAGCACUGGGCUAACGGAACAGCAAAAACGCCAGAACGAACCUACUGGCGCAUGAACGGGCUUGAGCAAGAAUAUCUCAGCAUUUGGUGCGGCAUACCGUGAAAUGUCUCUUGGAGAACUGGCUCGACCACUGGAGAUGAGCUGCGGAUGUACAUGUACUCUAGGAAAUUGAUUCGGGAUCAUGAAUAUACAUGUACCUCACUGCUCGACCCCGCAGCCUGUUACGAAUACCUGUACAUGGUGCACAAUGUCUCUCGAACCGAAUAUCCGCCGGGAGGCAUAUUCGCGUUUCUCGCUGAUUCUUUCUCGUGGUCACUGGCUUUGUGAAGUGUUGAAGUGAGACUGGGUACCGGAAUUUCGUGGUCACUGGCUUUGUGAAGUGUUGAAGUGAGACUGGGUACCGGAAUUGAGGUGGUGUUACUGGGUCAUCCAAUUUGCUGAUAGAUUAGGUAUUGUACUUUGCAUCAUCCACCUCAAUGGAAUCGAACGCGAACACUACGACUUCUGCCAGCAUCGGUCGGAAGGCGUGUGGAACCUGUCUGAUACCUGGUACAUCCAAUGUACUUGAUCAUCGAUGCUUCUGGGCUGGAAUGAUCUCUGCUACGUAUCAGUCCCCGGCGCGUCGCCACUGCACCUCUCCAAACGCGCAUUGCCGGGUUUUACUUGCGUAUAUGAUGCUCCAACACAUGUUUCAUGGCAGGGAGCUCUUCGUAUAUCUGGGAUUGAUCAUUUACUGCUUAGCGACUGGAACUGGUGUUCCUGCUCAACUUGGCGCAACCUCCAUUUCGGCCGCCCCGUUCUCGAUACCUGGCAAAUGAGCGUUGCUUUGACAGCCGGGGCAAUUGUGAACCACCUCAUGACAAAACACAUCGCAAUCAAUGCAAAAAUGCUGCUGGCAAGUCGAGCACUCAUACCGGGAUGACUCAGAUGCGCCUUCUGCCCGUUUGGGCCGGCUGUGUCCAUUUGCAGAGCCAUCGACUCCGUCUAUUCCGCCAGAUAGUGCAGGAAAUGGAGAUUGGCAUCCGAAGCACUGCACGCUUCUCUUUUGUUGGGCUCGUUUCCAAGAGACCUCGUCCCAGUUCUGCAGGGGGAAAAGAUGGUGGUAUGAUCUCGCGAGAUGCGUGGAGAGGAUAAGCGUGAGCUCACACGUCGGACAUGUAGCUGGGAGGUUGCAGACUUUCGCUUUGCAUCUGCUGCAAAGGUAACCACCUCUGGUGAGAUUACCAUGACAAGCACACAGUGUUGCCUUUUCUUCGACGAUUCUUGACGGAAAGCCCAUCAUUAAUAGUGCAGCUUGGUUUCGCUUCUGCGCUUCAACGUCCGAAGCACGCACCACAGGUGGUGUCGUGAUUGACAUGAGCAAUUCACGGUAGUGGACCUCGUCAACUGCGACAUUGUAGCAGUUCGUGUCGCCUUGGUUUGUCUUUCGACAGAUCUCGGCACAUAUGAACAUUUGAGCCGCUAAACCGAUGAUGUUCACGCGUAUUUUGUCUUUGAUACAGGCUUUGAUGGUGUCAUGAAUGUCUCCAGGAUCCGAGGUAUGUAGGGCUCCGAGGAUUAUCGCUACUUCACGCGUGCCGUGCGAUGGGGUGUGGUAGAGGGCUGCUCGCGCCAUCUCGAGCGCGUUCUGCAGUGAUGGGUUCCCCUUAGGAUCCGUACUUCGAAGUGCUUUGAUGGCGUUGAUGUGGUCAUUUGGAUUGCCAGACAUGUCGCUGACUCGAAUGGCCAGUCCUUCCCGCAUGCCAAGGAUUCCAAGCUGUGAGAUGGGGUUUUGCUCGAAGUAUUCGCGGAUGAACGCAAUUACAUAUGUGAGGGUCAGAAGUAAUCGAGUAGGACGCAGAUCCUUCUCCAUCAUCGCCAAUGAAAGAUCCAAAAUUAGAAUUGUAUGUCGAAUGAUGCCACGCUGAAGAGGCGUAGUGUCUUUGACAAGCCGUUUCCUUUUUGCGGCUUCUUCAAUGCCACCCAGCACCUCCAAUAGGUUUCCAUCUGCCCCUUGACGGAGAUCACCAGUUCCAGUGGCUCCUUCUUCCCAUCUCGCCAAAGCUCUUGCUUUCGGACGCGACGCCAAGGUUCGACCUUUGCCUGUGCCAUCGCCAUUGACCUGGAGAUCAUCAUCCUCGUCGUACUCGUGGUCUGAAUCGGCCAUACUGGUGGUCCGGAAGGUGGGAGAGGACUACUUGUGUUCGGGAUAUGUGC